UGUGUUCUGUCGACAAUGGGUGGCAGAGGGAGAGGAAGAGGUCGCGGACGAGGACGAGGCCAGCAGCAGCUGCAGGGAAGUGUAGAGGAAUAUCCAGCGUUGGGGCGGCUGCAGAUCAACAAUUCUGGCCAAGGACGCGGCCAGGGUGACCCCCGCUUAGGCCAAGGGCCUGUCAAUGUCGCCAGGGAAAGCCAGCCUUGCAUUCAGGCCGUGCCCCAGCAAUCUCCCAGACGCCAGUCCUUCGACGGCGACUAUGGAAACCAGCAGCAGCAGCAGCAGCAGGUGGCGCCGACCAAUUCCGUCAGAAACGGUGAGAUUUCCAAGUUUCCCGCUAGAAACGGACAGGGCACGCAAGGCAAGCAGAUGAAUGUGCUGUCCAACCACUUUGCGAUUUCGCUCCCGAAAGGAAAUCUUGAGACGCUCAUCACCCAGUAUGACGUGGAUAUGAAAUUGAUCAGCCAGAAGGACGGUUCACUCAAGGACUGUCCCAAAAAAUUCAUCAAGCGCGGCAUGCAGAUGUUUUGCCAGGAAAAUUGGCCUGCUCGGAAUCCUGCUUUCGAUGGCAGCAAGGGCCUUUACUGCUGUGGCGAGAAACUGCUUCGAGGAGAGAUGACUAGAGAUGUGACUGUGCAAAAUUUUGAGCGUUUCGACGCAGCUGGUAGACCACUAACUGAGAGACUGCGGAUUAAAGUGCAGGAGGUGGGCACAGUGAGUCUCGCCGGAAUCGGCCAAUCCUUGCAGAAAGUGCCCCAGGAGAGCAUCCAGGCCAUCGACAUCAUCCUUCGUCACUGCGGCAUGACCAAGUUCGUGCAGGUUGGCCGCAGCUUCUUCUACAAGCCAAUUGAGGUGCAGAGUCUUGGCGGCUGCAUGGACCUGUGGCACGGCAUCUUCCAAAGCGCCACGUUUGGCACUGGGAAUAAGCCUUUUCUCAAUGUAGAUGUGGCCCACAAGGGUUUUCCGCGGGACCAGACGGUGCGAGACCUGGUUGCCGACCUGGGAACCAAACCACUAAUACGUGACCGGCCUGCGCCGCCACAUUUCAAUCCUGAGAAUCAAUACAAGUUUGGCGCUAACAGGGAUCUAGAUGACAAGAUUCGCAACUACCUCAAAGGUUUAAAAAUUAAAUAUGAGAUCCCCAAUGAUAAGACGUCGAGAAGGGUUUACCGGGUCAACGACCUGAUUGAAUCCCCACCAAACAAAAUAUUUGUGCUUGAUGGCCAAGGGGAAAUCAGCGUGUAUGACUACUAUGCCAAAAUGAAAAACUACAAGAUCCGCUUCCCUGACUGGCCCUGCCUGCACGCAGGACCCAGAGACAAGACCAUCUUUUUGCCCAUGGAGCUGUGCAAAGUGGCGCCAAACCAAGUCACAGUCAAAAAGCUGAAUGAGGAGCAGACAAGGAUGAUGGUCAGUAAGGCUGUUACCAAACCGGACGUCCGUAAAAAGAACAUCUUCAAAGCUUUAGGAAACCUGGGAUUGAACAACGACCGGUGUUUGGGUGAAUUCAACAUCAGUGUAGGCACGCAGAUGACACAGGUGCGCGGAAGGGUGCUUCCUCCGCCCUCCCUGGCGUACAGAUCAGAUCAAGAUGUCAAGGUGAUGAACGGCGCGUGGCGAAUUGACAGGGUGAGGUUCCUCACUACUGGCCGCGCUGUCGAGUCCUGGGAUUUUAUCAUCGUGUGCGGCAGUAAAAGCACCUCUGAUAGAGACCUCAACACAUUCAAGAAUCAUAUGGUGUCCGUUGGCAACAAUCUUGGAAUGCCUUUCAGCAGAGAAUCUAGAGAUAUGUGGACCGCAGUGCCCAACUUGAAACUCCUGGCCCAAUUCUUGGAGAGCCAAGCCAGAUACCUUAGAGGAGGUCCGUUGGACAUUGUCUUUGUCGUCUUACCUAAAAGCUUUGAUGGACUAAACGCAUACCAGGUGGUCAAGCAAGUGCUGGAGCUGAAGUACAAAAUCCUGACGCAGUGCAUUCGACAGGAAACGUUGGAGAAGGUCCUAAGACCAAAAAAUGGCUCAUUCGAUUACUCUACCAUCACCAACAUCCUGCUGAAAGUCAACGCCAAACUAAACGGCAAGAACCACCGCAUCCACAUGAGCUGCAGGCCACCCUGCUUCAAUGAAAAUGUGAUGAUUAUGGGAGCCGACGUCACGCACCCGCCUCCAGAUUCCCAGUCCUGUCCCUCUUUUGCAGCCGUGACUGCUAGCCACGACAAGGAGGACUUGUUCAAGUUCAACAUGCAGUGUAGGCUGCAGCCUCCAAAGGUGGAGGAGAUUCAAGACCUGGAGAACAUCACCCUGGAACACCUCCGAUACUUUGCGGACAAGAAUAGCGGAAAAUACCCAAGCCGCAUCAUUUUCUACAGGGACGGCGUCAGCGAUGGACAGUUUGACAUGGUGCUUUCAUCUGAACUUGUGGCCAUGAAGAAGGCGUUCAGGACCAUUGGAGAGUCGUACAAACCUAAAAUCACCUUGCUGGUCGUGCAGAAGAGACACCACACAAGGUUCUUCCCAAACCAAGGAGAUGGAGACAGGAAUGGCAACGUGCCUGCUGGUUUUGUGGUCGACAACACGAUCACACACCCAACAGACAUGGACUUUUACCUCGUAAGCCACCAGAGCAUUCAGGGUACGUCUCGCCCGACCAAGUACAAGGUGCUUUACGACGACGCCAAAAUGACCGAGGACGAGCUGGAGAAGCUGACAUUUUUCCUGUGCCACCUGUACGCUAGAUGCAACCGCAGCGUCUCCUACCCUGCACCCACCUACUACGCCCACCACGCAGCCACGCGCGCCAAACUUUACUUCAACGAAGGAAAGUCGACGAUCGACGUGAACGAUGAGGCGGCUUUGAGACAUGAGAACAUGAAGUUGGGCCACGCAAUGGAAAAUAUGAUGAAAUCUCACCCAAUGUUCUUUGUUUAGUCAUCACUAGGUGGUCACUGCUAUUGUCAGACUAUUUUUGGACCCUACUUAUAUAAUGGAAUUUUAAUAUUGCCUUUGAAGUCGUGGCAGGGCCCGCCAUAUCGUCUGCUCUCGCAAACUUUUAGAUUUCAUUUUGAA